AUGGAUAAGCCUGACAUAGAAUAUUUAAACAUUCCUCAAAAAAUAAAAAAAAAACUAUAUGAAAGUAAUUUAAAUACAGUUGAAAAAAUAAGUACAUAUUAUUUAGAAGACUUAGAAUUCGAGGAAAUAGAACUAAUACAAGAUGAAAUAUUUAAAUAUCACGUAAACGAUUUAGGCAUAAACAAUACAGAAGAAGAUGAAAGACCAAACAGUUUGAUAAAAAAUAAAAUAAUUGCAAACGAUUUUUAUUCAUUUAGCGAUGUAGAACAUUAUUGUGGAAAUAAGGAAAUUUCAGACGAUUCAGAUAAUUCGGAAAGUGAUUUUUCGGAUAGGUCUAAAAUAUCAAUUUCAUCAUAUUCUUCUUCAAAUAGUUACCAUUAUAAAAAUAGUGAAAAAAAUGUUAAAGAGAAUAUAAAAAAAUUCAAUAAUUCAAUUUUAAAAAGUUGCACAGAAAGCUGGAUUAGUAAAAAAGAGGAUGUUGAAAAUGAAAAAAAAAAUUAUUAUUGUGUAGAAAAUCAAUUAGAGAAAUAUUUUUUAAUAUAUUCCAAUUUUAUGAAAAAGCAAUUAAAAAUAAGAAAAACAAUAAAUACUAAUUGCAUUUCGUUAAAUAAGUUACUACACAAUGGUAUAGAAAAUUCUCAAAUAUAUUUUUUUUAUGGAAAUAACGCUAAAAUGAAUAAAAUAAUUUUAAUAAAUUUAUUAUAUAAUUUUAUAUACCCCUUUGGAAAUAAUAACAUGUCUACACAUAGUGUUGUUUAUAUUUAUUUUAGUUACAUAUUUGAUGUAACUGUAAUUAAAAAUAUUAUAUCAGAAAAAUUAAAUCAUGAAAAAAAAAACCCAAAACAAAAAUCUGAUUUUUUUAAUAAUUUUUAUAUAUUACGAAUUCAAAAUUUUAAUGAAAUUAUUUCUUUUUUAUUACAAUUAAAAAAAAACUAUUUCACAAAAAAUAAAUCCGAAAAUGAUAAUCGUCUAAAUAAUAUUACCUGUAUAGGUAUAUAUAAUUUUACAAACAUAAUAAAAAAUUUGAAUAUUUCUAACCAAAAUUAUUAUUUUUAUUUAAUUCAUGAAUUCAAAAUCAUUUCAAAAUUGUUAGGAAUAUCGAUAAUUAUAUUCGAUUAUGUUCAAAAUGAAAUUUCCGAUACAUCAAGGGGUACUAACAUCUAUGAUAACAAAAAAGAAGAACCCCAAGAAAUAAAUAAUACAUUAACAUAUAAUGAAGACAAAAUAUAUAAAAAUAUUAAUAUAGAUAACGAACCUUAUAAUAAAAACACUAAUUAUGUAUCUCGAAAAAAUAAACAAUAUGCUACAACAUUACAGAAAAAUAUUAAUAAUAAUCAAGAUUAUUAUAGUGAACAAUCUAGCGAUUUGUCUAGCUAUAAUUAUUAUGAAAAUGAAGAUCAAAAAUAUUCAGAAUACGAAUUAGGAAAUAAUAUAAAAAUAGAUGAUAAUAAUAAUAAUAAUAUUAAAGAUAUUGAAAAAAGUGAACCAAUUAAAAUUCCUUUUUCUUGUUCUAAACAUAAUAAAUUUGAUUUUAUCAUAGAAAUUAAAAUUGUUAAUAAAAUUAGAGAUAGAUAUAUUAUUCGUUUUACUAUACUAAAAUCUCGAAAUAAUAUAAAACACUCUUAUUCUUAUUGUUCAAUUCAAAAAUAUGUGCUAACUGAUUUGCCAUAG